AUGCGGCAGGUAUAUGUAAGUAACAACGGUGAAAUCUACGCUUUGAUGAUAGAUGACAGAUUAUCUUGUUUUGGUUGUAUUUCUCUUCGUUCAUCUCUCGUAAUAGAGGGCAGUGAACACGACGAGAUACAACACUCUCCACGUUGCGGAAAAAGUCAUCUUUCUUCUGUAAUGAGGUACAAACCCGAAGCCAAUUCAUGGCAAAAGAUAUCGCCAUUUGAUUUGGGCUCGAAAGAUGGAAUUUCCUUCGUUGCGAAUGAAAAGUUUAUUUACCUUAUUGGCGGUUUCAUUCGAGGGGCAAAAAAGAUUCUAACUGAUGUUGACAGAUUCGACUUUGCCGAGAACUCGUGGAGUAAGAUAGCUGACAUGCAAGAGCCACGACACUGCGCCUAUGGAGCUGCCUUGCACGGGAAAGUUUACAUCACUGACAAUGGCGGAUAUGACUUAGAGAACUUCACGUUCAAAAGAACAUGUGAAGCUUACAACGAGGCGAAGGACGAGUGGCAUUUCAUUGCAAACUUGAGUAUACCACGGUCUCGGCAUGGCAGUAUGCUGUGUGUUGAUGAGAAGAUUUGUGUCUUGGACGAUUAUUUUAACAGCAUGAGUCACGUAGGAAUUAAAAUUCACCGCUACGACCCUGACAAGGAUAAGUGGAAAGAGCAAACAGAUAAUAAAAUACCAGUCAAAAGAGGAUACUCAGUGGGACCGAUAAGUCAUUACUCCCUAAACACUUGCGCAACGAGUGUUUUUCAGCCAGGGCGACGCCUUGCGAGCGACUCUUUCACAACCUCUCUUGACAGAUGCAAGUGUCUGGUUAUGUAG